GGUUGACGGCGCAUCAGUUGGCAUGAAGUUGUCUGGAAUCGAUUACAAGGGCUAUAAGAUCACCGUCAAGCGGCCCGACAACUACGUCAUGCCCGACGACGGCGACCCCUCUGCGAAGCUCGACCUGCACGAGAUCUCGAUGGCCAAGCUGGUGGGCGAGCAGGCGUCCAGGAAGGAGUGGCAGGGCCCGGCGCCCAAGCUCUCCAUUUUCAACCUGCCGGACGUAAUGACGGAGCAGGUGUGCCGUGACCUGCUGAGCCAGUUCGGGAGACUGAGGAUGCUCAGCCUGAUCCGCGACCUGAACACGGGCAAGAUCAAGGGUUACGGGAUUUUCGAGUACGACGACCCCAACGAUGUGGACCUGGCAAUCAUAGCGCUCAACGGCUUCGUCUGCGGGCAGAACGUCAUCCGCGUGCAGAAGCUCGGCGGCGCGUCGCAGACGGCGGCCCCGAAGCCGCAGCCGGUGGCGGCCACGGCAAUGUCCAACUCCAUGACGCAGAAGAUCGUCUCCAACCCGGUGCUGGCCAUGCAGGUCAAGCAGGGCAGAGAGAUCGGCUCCCGGCCGAGCACCAUCGUGCAGCUCCUCAACGCCGUGUACCAGGAAGACCUGAUGGACGAUCAGGACUACGAGGACAUCACCGCAGAGGUGCAUUCAGAGGCCUCCAAGCACGGCACGGUGACGCGGGUAGUGAUACCGAAGCCAGCCAAGGACGGUUCUUUCGUGGACGGCGUGGGCAAGAUAUUCGUCUCUUUUGCGGACCUCACGGCGGCGAGGAAGUUCCAGGUCGACGCGAACGGUCGGAAGUUCGAGAAUCGCGUCGUCUGCGCUGCUUUCUACCCAGUGGAGCGGUUCAACGAGGGAAGGUACAAGCUGUGGAGCACAUGACCGCGGCGCGCCCCUUUGGCGACCGGGUGGGCCCGUGUGGGCGGGGCCCGCGGAGGCCGCCGACGACCUCCGGCGCAGCGGCGCCUCGGGCUAUAACCGAGGGGCCGCGGGCCGCCGCGCGGGGCCUGGGGGCGGAGCCCCCCGCGGCUCGGCCGGCGGGCGGCGUCGGCCCUGGUACCCGGGCAGUCUGGGCAUUGCCUGGGGGGGGGGGGUGGACGAGUAGGUCGGCGACCUCCUCCCUAUGUACGGUGAGCUGUCCCCUGCGGUGCCGCCCACCUGGUUGGCGCGCGCUCUUUUUUGGCGAGAGGGCAUGGCCAGGAGGGGUGAGGAAGGGGGAGCGGAGACUUUCCCUCCCUUCCUCUCUCCCCCGUGCUCCCUCUCUCUCUCUGCUCCCUGUGACGCGCGAGGCGCGCGAGGACUUUGACGCUCAUGCCGCUCCCCUCGACGCCCGUGCAUGAAUUGCAAAAAA